AUCAACUACCACCAGAUACUUUUUAAAAACUAAGCAUGAGAGCAGUAAUUCAUGUCUAACGUCCUAACAGGAGCUGAUCAGACAGAACAUGAACCAACGCAGCAGAAACACAGGGCUGGCCAGAGAAGUCUUCAAAUGGCUGCACACCUUCAAUCUGUCAUUGUAUCCCAACAAUGUGCGCAGAGAUUUUUCCAAUGGUUACCUUAUGGCAGAGAUAUGUUCUCAUUAUUACCCCCGAGACUUUGCUUUGCAUUCAUAUGACAAAGGCGUUUCAGUCUGUGCCAAGCUGAAGAACUGGAACUGGAUACAGCAGUCAUUACAAAAGCAUCGUCUGCACUUGAGUAAAGACGCCGUCGAAGGAACCAUCCACUCUAAACCAGGAGCAGCUGAGCUGUUGCUGCAGGAGGUUUAUACCUUGUUGACUAAAUCCAGCAUCAGUGAUGUUCAGCAUCGAGCGUCAGACUUCACAGAUCGAGAGUAUCAGGCGAUGCUGCCCUCGCUGGCUCGCUCCACGGCCACGACGGCCAUCAAGAACAAUCUGAAAAUGACAGAAAUCAUCGUCAACCCCGACACCAGAACCAACCAGAGGAAAGUAGAAACCAUCCUCCGCAGAUACCAGGAGAACAGAGCAGCGGAGAAGCUGCUCAACCCAGGAUGUUUUCAAGUAAAGUCUGAUCAGCGUCAGCCGGCAGCUAAAUAUCCCAAACCACACAACCCGAAGGAUGUCGUCGUUGACAGGCCUUCAGGUGGAGGAACAGCUUCAAAGUUGUGCUGCGUGUCCACCGGGAGGGAGGCCGGCUCUCGCUGUACGCUGAUAAAGGUGCAUCAACCUGUCAAACCCUCGCAGGUUUACUCUUAA